CGAACAGCUCACGAUUCUUUCUCGACUUUCUUGAUAGACAAGUACUGUAACUUAGUGGCAUUUAGAUUUGGUCGUGAAAAAACGCUGCUCAUAUUCAAUACGAGCAGUUCACCCAUUUCAACGGCUGUUUACAGCGAAGUUUGAUACAAGAAACCCACACUCAACGGUACCAUUUACAGUUCACGGAUACGAUGCCUUAGGAUAUUCUAUUUGAUAAACGUAUACAGUCAUCGGGUAGCUAUGAUGGUCGUUGACAGAUGCUUUUUACGGUUGUUAUUUACAAUGACCUCAAUGAUUUGUAAAACAUCGUUUACAGUGGUUGUUGUAAAUGGCAACUACACAUAAAUGUUGUUUUCCUACUAUAAUCAGUUGCAGUACGGUCAUGUAGAAUCGAGCAUGAACAUCUCGGUACAUAUGUAAAAAGGUCGAAAGAAUUUCUUUGCAAUCAUUUUUGAAACGAUUUGAAAAUCGACUAGAACUGCAUUAUUAUAAUUCAAAUUUAAUCAGAUUUAAAAUUUCAAAUAAUCGAUAGUACUGAAUUAUUGAUUUAAAUGAAUUCAAAUUUUUUUUUUUCAUAAUUUUAAAUCUAAAUACUUUUUUGUAACAGUGCUAUUGUAAUUGAUUUUUUAUAAUUACAAAUAUCGUCCAUAAUCAGACUUAUUCACUUUCUCUUUCAUGGGAUAAAAAACUACCAAUCUUUCGUCCUACUUUCGUUGAAAGAGAAAAAUUUUUUUUUCGGCUUUCUCAUUCGCGGUUUUUAUACUUUAUACUACAUACGCUAGGCUCUGAAUUGGUUCAUUUUCAAGUUGUCAUUCGAUGCUACUAGUUUCAUCUGUAGGGAAAAGAUAUUGUUAACAAGAAGAAAAAGCUUUCUUGUUUCUUCGUGCAAAGAUAGAUGUACUUGAAGAGAACUAUAAGACAGGCAAUAUGCCUAUAUUUCACAUUAGUGUCGUUUCUUAAUUAUUUCAAGUAACAUUUUGCAUUAAUCGCUAUUCCAGCAAAACUAAAGCGCCAUCCAUAUGAUGUUCAUCUCUUCGACCAUAUUUCCAUAUUUUCUAGUAUGAAUCUCAUUACUUCUCCUAUAUUCUUUUAGCUUUUUAAUAUUGGUCAGAUAUUUCUGUUUAUGAAUCGAGAUACUUGCUGUCUAGUGACAAGCAUCCGUAAUAUAGAAAAAGCAAUAACUUUUUUUAAUUAUCAGCACAAAAAAACAAUUGCUUUUUUAAUUUCAAGUCACUUCAACUUCUGCUUACAUAUUUCAUUAAUAAUAUUCAAUUCUUCUUAUAUAUCGAAGCGCUAUCAAACUUUGAUACUUAACUAAUAGAUCAGUAACAAACUGAAUUACAACAUUUUACUUUACUUUAUAAAAGUAAAAUAAAGAUUAAGAGCUACUCCUGAGCAUAAUUCAUGGAUUCCUUCCAAUUUUGAAGGUUCCAUCUGGAAAAGUUGAUAUACGAUGAGAAAAUCUGUCCAGGUGCUAAAUAGUUUCUGCAUCGGAACUAUGCUCAUUAGAUGAGUGCUGAUGAACGUUGAAACUUCUAGAACGAUUUGACUUUCAAGACCAUCUUUCUUGUUACAUUGAGAUUUUUACUCAGUUUUUCAACAAAGUUCUGUAUUUCUCUUCAGUUCACAUUGAAAAGUGGCAUUUCAGUUUUUAUUUCAACAUGUGCACAAAUAAUUCUCUCAAUUUAGACACUUUUUUAAGGUUUCAGUUUUCCCGUUGCUUCUGUCAUGAUAUACACAUGCAGACAAUUUUAUUGUUUGAAAACCAAAUUUUGUGGAAUAUACAUAUAUUUUCGAAGAAAAUAGUGAGUGUAAGGUUUAAGUUCAAGUUUUGGCGGCUCCCCCUAACUUUAUUAAAGACUUUAGCAACGAGCUUUAAAUGUGGUUGAGUAUUAUAGGUUAUAGAAAACAGAACCUGAAGUGGGGAAGAUUUUUUGCUCACCGUCUUGCUUCGCCCCGACCUUAAUUGUUUUUUUUCACGAUCUCGUCAAGUAUCUAUGAGAUAUUUUUGUUCCUUUGGUCAUACGAUUUGUUUGACUUCAUUUUGGAAGGGUGUCGGUGCUGAUUCUCUAUUUGUUAACACACACCCUUUCGUGUUCAUGUCAAAAUGAGUAUGAAUUUGGAUAGUCUUUGUCAAAUCUGACAUUGAUAUUAAUAUCAAUUUCAUCUUUUUUUUUAUUAAUGUAAACUUUGUUUUUGUCACUUCGUCAUCCAUUAACUGUUGAAGAAACUUUUUUGUUGGAUCAAUUUCAAUACCAAGUGUUGCGUUCGAAGCCACUUUCUGAGUCAUGCAUCACAAGAACGACAGAAUUUUGCUUUUUGAAUUAUUACUGCUACCAGUAGCCGUUUCAGUUUAGAUGAAGACAUGAACGCUAGUGAUGCAUGUGAUAAAGAACAUAGCAGAUUUUUGAUAGACUGUUGUUGUCAAGUUUGACUCAACCAAAAAAUAAGUUUGGUAUCAAUGUUAAGAGAUAGAGAAUUUUCUGUCGAGUUUCACGAAACGUUCUCUGUUAAAUCAUCAUUAGGCAUUUUUUGUAAAAUCAAAGUUACUGAAUACUAGAAAAACGUCAAUGGCUCAUCAAAAAAAUGAUGAAUGUGAGGAAUCAAAUUUUAUCAAAUUAGAUUGACCUCAAAUUUUAUUUUUCUUCAAGUAAAUGAGAUGCUGAGUGCUUCAUGUUAUUCUUUCAUGCCAAAAUUCCGAUUUCACAAAGAUAUGGAAAAUGUUUAUUGAAAAAAACUGAGUGUAUAAAUAAAUUCUACAUACAAUUCUCCGUUUUAGCAUUUUAAGCAAACUUUUAAGUAGAGUCUAAUUUGGAGAAAACAGUCUAUCAAUAGUCGCUGAUUGUCUCUGCUGCAAUCUUUGUCUAUUCCUCUUUCACAAUAAACACAGAAUUCAAUAGAUACAAUUCACAUUUAAGAAAAAACUUUUAUAUUUCUACGAAGUGUUGAAUAGAUAAUCGAUUGCGCAGAGACUCUUAUCGUAAGUCUAUAUAUAGGUUAUUCAAAUACAUAGUCUAUACAUGAAUAUUUAUGUUGUGAAACUAUCACGAGGAAAGUUUGGGGAUUUAAACUUGACCCCGCCUCGUUUCGGUCACUGACAGAAAAUAUGUGAGUUUCACAUUUCAGCGCCAAAGGGGCUGCACUAACCAGCUUGUUGUCCUUAUAUUAGUUUGUCACCACAGAAGCAAUGCAAAAUUUGAGGCUUUGAGAAUGAACAAGUUUCACGGUGAACAUAGUUUAUGCGAACAUUUCUAGUCAAAGCUCAGAAGUGAAUUUAAAACGUGACCUGAAAAGAACUAUUGAGUUUUGAAGAAAAAUUCAGGUAAAGAGCUAUUUUUUUCGAGUAAUCUUACGUGUACAAGAGGUCAUCUAAGUAUUGAUAAUCGUUAUCAAAUACGAAGAUUAAUUUCAAAAAGUAUUAAAUGAUUAGCUACAGUAAUUAUCGAAACUGUUCCUGGCCCCUUUUUUUCUAUGAAACGUGUCCGUCCUCCUUCACAGACAUGACACAGAGACAGACGUAUAGAAUAUAUGUGAUUUUCGCCUUUCUCCAAUAUGAUUUAGAUGUUCUUGACGACCAAUAAAACCAUCUAAUAUUAUAAGAUUGUUUUAGUUGUGGAUUUUGAUAUUGAGUCUAUUUCAGUAGAAAAACCUUUCAGCGUAAUCCUUGCGGGAUUGGAAUUUAGAAAAGCAGUGGAUUCAUUGCACUCUUGAUCAUGUCGUCCUCAAUGAUGUAACUAUUCAAUAAAUCAAAAUAUUUUUUUGUGGGUUCGGACGGUGAAGAAACUAAUCUAUUCUGUCUGUCACGUGUUGUUGAGGCAGACAAGGGAUGGGGAAAGUCGCUUUUGUCGCUAUAUACUUGAACACUCAUUUUAAACAGUGUUGUGCAAAAUGAUGGUGCUGUUCCAACAUGAGCAGACCAAUCCUAGCAUAUUAUAAUAUCUGCUGUUAAACUAAACCCAUAUUUCUUGUCUCUAAUUAGAUUCCGCUGAUUCUUUAUGCAUAUAUAUAAAUUAACUCAUACGCUACUUUAUUUUGUUAUAUAAGGUCCCAAAUGGCUACAUGUUUAUUUAUCAUCUCCAAAACCAUUACUUGAAAAAUGCAUCUUAUUAGCUGAACAACAUUCAUUCAAAGCAAUUGUUGUUACAUGCGAUAAUCCACACCACCGAAUACGUUCAGUUCAUGGACCAGCAUUUAUUCAAGCGAUUGAGCGGAAACAAGAUACGAAAUUGACAGAACUAAUGUACACACCUAAUACUAAAUAUGAUAAACUGCAGAUUAAUCCCAGAUUAGAUGAAUAUACACCAGAUGAAAAGUUAACAUGGAAGGAAUUUCAGUGGUUAAGAGCAUUAACGAAAUUGCCCAUAAGUACGGUGCUGACGGAAUCGUGGUCAGGUAAGGCUGAAUUAAGUUUUGUUUCUAAAACUAGGAAACCAUUUCUUCACAGUAAUCAUGGCGGUCGUCACGUAGAUAGUGGACUCUCAGCUAUUGAAUGUUUGAAAGAUAUCGUAGAAUUUGUUAAUGGCCGAUGCGAAGUGUUUAUUGAUAGUGGCAUUCGAACGGGAACAGAUGUUUUGAAAUGUUUAGCAUUGGGUGCUAAGGGUGUGCUUCUUGGCCGUUCUAUUUUAUAUGGUUUGGCAUGCGGAGGCCAUGAUGGUGUGAAAGCUGUACUUAAUUUAUUGAAGCACGAAUUGAUGUAUGAUAUGGCUAGUUGUGGUCUAACAAGUAUUGAGCAAAUUAAUGAACGAGUAUUAUAUAAACAUCAUUAA